UAAGAUGUUUCUCUUUCCUUCUUCAGUUCUACAGUAGUAGUACCUGCAUCUCUCUAAAAAAUCCUAAAAUCACACCACCUCCUCCACCACCACCACCACCACCUGUGCACUAAUGCGCAUGUUAGCUGUCUCUCUGCAAUCAUCACCACCCUUCAAUCCCAUGCAUUUAUUAUAUUAUUACUAUAAUGCGCCUCUUUUAAAUGCUUCUUUCUCUCUCUUUCUUCUAGCUUGACCUACGCUUCGAGGCCUUACUGGCUCUACCUUCUGCCUCACUGACUUCUGCCUUAAAUGGAUCUGUGUGCCCCUUUUACGCAGGCUUUCCUUCUUAUAACUGCACUCUUUCGUUUUUAAAUUGUCUCGUUUCGUUCUCGAUCUUAUUCUUAUGUCAUUUCCGAAACGUUUCGUUUCAUUCUUAUCCGCUCCUAGUCCCGAUCGGGUCCCGCAUUUCCUCUCCGACCCGAGCUGCUCUAAAUUGGAGCUUCUGCAGCUCUCAUUGACUGAUCCUUGCUUGCUGUCUCGUGCAUUUGUGUGAUCCAUGCUGUUUUAGUCAACAAAAUGAAUCCUCUCUGCUGCAUUGCUCCUGUUUCCAUCGAUCGGGAUCGAGCUAACCCGGUUGUGGCCAAAUCUGUUAGCCAGUCUCAGUUAAGUAUCGAAAAUUCUGUUAGAACAGUCAACCAUAGCUCUAAACCGAGUUUCUCUGCUCAGGCAUCAUCGGUGGGGACUGAUUUGGACAGGUCUUCAGGCGUUGGGAAUCAAGACUUUGAAGAUUCGGUAAAUGAAGCUAGGGAUUCGAAAAUGUAUAAUGUGAACGGCAGCGUCAGUAGCUCUGUGGCGGGGAUUCUUUACAAAUGGGUAAAUUACGGCAAGGGAUGGAGAUCGAGAUGGUUUCUGCUUGAAGAUGGUGUGCUAUCUUAUUACAAGAUUCAUGGACCUGACAAGAUUCUUAUGAGUCCGGCGAGAGAGAAGGAUGUUAGGGUGAUCGGAGAGGAAUCCUUGAGAUACAUGAAAAAAGCUAAUUGGAGUAGUAAUCGGCGCGCCGUGGGUGCCGCAGCAUCCGCUAGGCAGUGCAAGCCAUUUGGCGAAAUUCAUUUGAAGGUAUCUUCAGUUCGGGCAAGCAAAUCAGAUGAUAAAAGACUUACCAUUUUCACCGGAACAAAAACUCUUCACUUGCGAUGCAUAUCAAGAGAGGAUAGAAUAGCAUGGCUUGAGUCAUUGCAGGCGGCUAAAGACCUUUACCCUAGAGUGUUAUCAAGCAAUGACUUUUCACCUUAUGAAGAUAUUGUUGUUUCAACUGAGAAGCUAAAAUUACGGUUACUGCAGGAAGGCAUUGGUGAGGCAGUCAUCAAAGACUGUGAGUCAAUUAUGCUCUCAGAAACCUCUGAGUUGCAAAGUCAGUUGAAGGCUCUUCAACGCAAGCACAUAAUGUUGUUAGACACAUUGAGGCAAUUGGAGACUGAGAAAAUAGAGCUGGAAACCACUGUAGUGGAUGAGACAAAGGAACGUGAGUCAUACUGUGGACAAGCAAAUAGAAGAUUUAGUGAUUUCUAUUCUGUUAUGUCGGAGGGUAGUCCAAGUGAUUCUGAAGCUGAUAAUGAAAGUCAAGAUGGAGCCGAUGUUGAAACGGAUGAAGAUGAUGGCAUAUUUUUUGAUACAAACGACUUUUUGUCUUCAGAAGCUCUAAGAAGUGCUUCCUACAGGAGUAGGGAAACCAUGGGCAAUGCUUGUAUGUAUGAUAAAGACCCAUUUUUUUCUGAUAAUUUACAUGGAGCAUUUGAGAAGAGAAUCAGGACUAUUCAAUAUCCGUAUGUUAAAAGAAGAGAUAAUUUGCCAGAACCAAAGGAAAAAGAGAAGCCUGUUGGCUUGUGGUCAAUUAUUAAGGACAAUAUUGGAAAGGACCUGUCUGGAGUUUGUCUUCCUGUUUAUUUUAAUGAACCACUCUCAUCACUGCAGAAGUGCUUUGAAGAUUUGGAAUAUUCGUACUUGGUCGAUCGAGCACUGGAAUGGGGGAAGCAGGGGAAUGACUUAAUGAGAAUUCUGAACAUUGCUGCUUUUGCUGUAUCUGGUUAUGCCUCAACGGAAGGUCGGCAGUGCAAACCCUUCAACCCUCUCCUCGGAGAGACAUAUGAGGCUGACUAUCCAGAUAAAGGUCUUCGUUUUUUCUCAGAAAAGGUAAGUCACCACCCAAUGAUUGUUGCUUGUCACUGUGAGGGGAGAGGCUGGAAAUUCUGGGCAGACUCCAAUCUCAAAGGCAAGUUCUGGGGGCGUUCUAUUCAGCUUGAUCCUGUCGGCGUCCUCACCCUGCAGUUUGAGGAUGGCGAGACCUUCCAAUGGAGCAAGGUCACCACUUCUAUAUACAACAUUAUACUGGGAAAACUUUAUUGUGACCACUAUGGCACCAUGCGGCUCAAAGGGAGUGGCAAGUACUCCUGUAAGCUUAAGUUCAAAGAGCAGUCCAUCAUAGACCGAAAUCCACAUCAAGUUCAUGGAUUUGUACAAGAUAAUAGAACUGGAGAGAAGGUCGCAAUGUUGGUCGGAAAGUGGGACGAAGCAAUGUACUAUGUGCUAGGGGAUCCAACUACAAAGCCAAAGGGGUAUGAUCCAAUGACAGAAGCUGUCUUGCUCUGGGAAAGAGACAAAGCUGUUAACAAGACAAGAUACAAUCUCACCCCUUUUGCAAUAUCCUUGAAUGAACUGACUCCUGGCUUGUCGGAGAAAUUGCCUCCUACUGACUCAAGACUAAGGCCAGAUCAGAGACACCUAGAAAAUGGGGAGUAUGAGUUGGCAAAUGCAGACAAGUUGAGACUUGAACAGUUACAAAGACAGGCAAGAAAGUUACAGGAAAGAGGCUGGCAGCCAAGAUGGUUUGAAAAGGAUGAUGAAGGUCGUUAUCGGUACAUAGGUGGUUAUUGGGAAGCAAGAGAGAGAAAGAAUUGGGACGGAAUCCCUGAUAUAUUUGGCCAAAGUAGCGAUUCAACUUCAUGUCUGGUCGAAGAAUGAUUGCCUUGGUUUCUCUACUCUUCUUUUUAUCGUUUUGCUUUAUUAAUCCAAUAUCCACCAUUGGGAACUGAAAAUGUGAUUUUAGACGUAGCUUCUUGCGCAGUUACUCAUAGAAUGCCAAAAGUUCAAGUGCAGUCACCCUAGUAAAUUAGUUCAUCUCAGUUCUUAUCGAGGGAUAAUUUAUUUAUUUUGGCGCUUACUCUUAUAAACUCUUUGUUUUGUCCGUCUGUUGUGCUUAUAUUAAUUAAUUAAUUAAUAAAUAUUAUAAAGUUUGUCGGCCA